CAUUUUUCUAACCUCUUUCUUUACAAAACUUGACAGUGUCGAAAAGAGUAUCUGUCAUUUGGAAUCAUCAUGCCGCGUGAAAUCAAAGACAUCAAAGACUUCCUCUUGAAGGCAAGAAGGAAAGACGCCAAGUCUGUGAAGAUAAAGAAGAACCCUGAAAAUGUAAAGUUCAAGGUCCGCUGCUCCAGGUUUCUGUACACUCUGGUCAUCACCGACAAGGAAAAGGCAGAGAAGCUCAAACAGAGCUUACCUCCAGGUCUGCAAGUAAAAGAAGUUAAGUAAUGUGACUAGAUUUAACACAAUAAAAAUAUAAAAAUAUCAUAA